AUGUGCGAUCAGUACUAUGACCGCGGGGAGAUGGGCUCCAGCCCCACUGUGACCCCGGAUGCUCCUUCAGUUCCUCGCACCUUACAUCCCAGAGAGCGUCUGUGCCAAGACCGACCAUCCCUGUUCCAGAAAAUUGGAAGCAUGGCCUUCUGCUGCUCUGCUUCGAAGAGAAAGCAACAAUGCCAUCCAUCAGUGUCGACACACUCCCUCCUGUGUGUGGCUCUUCUUUCCCAGCUCGCUGCACCAGCUCUUGGACAAUUAGACCUGAGCCGACUGGACGGCGACACCGUCUGCCCACCGAUAAGAAACGGACAAGAUGACCUUCCAGGUUUCGAUCUGAUCACCCAGUUCCAGCUGGACGUGAUUCCCCUGAAAGGUGUGAGGAAGGUGGACGGCUCCACGCCCCUCCAGGUGGCCUACCGUCUCGACAGGGAGGCCAACUUUCAAAUUCCGACCAUGCUUAACUUUCCUCGGGGUUUCCCGGAUGAGUACUCCUUCAUGACCACCUUUCGCAUGAUCAAGAACACGGUCAGCAAGGUGUGGAACGUCUGGCAAAUAGUGGACGAAGACGGCCACAAGCAGGCUGGCCUCAGGCUAAACGGUGACCAGCAGGCCCUGGAGUACUUCCUGAUGGGCGCGGACGGGAACCUGCAAACCGUCACCUUCCCCGGCCUGUCUGUGCUCUUCAACACCAAGUGGCACAAGGUGAUGAUCGGCGUCGAGCGCGACCAGGUCACGCUGUACGUGGACUGCCAACCUGUGGAUCAGAAACCCAUCAAGGGCAAAGGACCCAUCAACACAGAAGGAGACACGCUGAUUGGCAGGUUGGAUGCUGACCCCGAAGCCUCUGUUGUGUUUGAGCUCCAGUGGAUGUUAAUCCACUGCGAUCCAAAGAGAGCCCAGAGAGAGAGCUGCAAUGAGCUUCCUGCAGCCGAGAUGUUUGCCAAUGCUGAGCCUGACAAAUCUCUUCAAGGUCCACCAGGUCCCGCUGGCCCUGAGGGGCCCCGAGGGGCCCCAGGAGAAAGUGGCAGGGAUGGAAGAGAUGGUUUUCCAGGUACUCCAGGGAUUCCAGGUGCUCCUGGCAGCAAAGGGGAGAAGGGUGAGAUCGGUCUUCCAGGACAGAGAGGCCUCCCCGGUCUUCCAGGAUCUCCUGGUCCCAUUGGUCCACUGGGUCCCAGAGGAGCUGUAGGAGAAAGAGGUCUGCCUGGCUUUCCCGGACCCCCAGGUCCUCCUGGCCCAGCAAGCGAAGGACCCGCCGGUCAACCAGGGAAGCCGGGAACCCCAGGGGAUGAAGGAAACAUCGGACCUGAGGGCCCUCCUGGACCCAGAGGGGGCAUUGGCACUCCAGGGCCUCCUGGGCCCCCUGGUCCACCGGGGCCUGUGGGACCGCCCGGUGCCAACAGUGAGGGGAGUGGGGAAGCUUGUCCUGUCGCCUGUCCUGCUGGACCUCAGGGACUGCAUGGAGUGCCAGGAAUGAAGGGACACAAAGGACUCCCAGGUGAGCCUGGAAAAGACGGAGAGCCCGGAGAGAAGGGUAAAACUGGAGAUGCAGGUCCUCAGGGUCCACCAGGUCGCAUGGGAGAUGAUGGGCAAAGAGGACCAAUUGGAGCCCCAGGGACCCCCGGAGAGAAAGGAGACAGAGGUGCUCCUGGCUACAACGGUGUCCUCGGACCCACCGGCCCACCCGGAGCUCCUGGUGUGGAAGGGGUCCGAGGGCGGCAGGGGGUGCAAGGGCCGAAGGGCGACAAUGGAGCUGUUGGACCUCAAGGACAGGCUGGUGUCAAAGGAGAAAAGGGAGAAGUUGGUGAGUCUGGUAGAGACGGGAUGGAUGGACUUCCUGGAGACAACGGCACCAAGGGAGAGCCUGGCGCACCAGGAGACGUUGGCCUUAGAGGGAUCGUCGGUAUACCAGGGUUGCCAGGGAAGCAGGGAGUAGCUGGACCCCCUGGAGAAAAGGGCGAGACCGGUUCUGAGGGACCCAUGGGGCCAGUUGGGCUUCCAGGAAAAACUGGCGGGCCUGGAAAAGAUGGAGCGGAUGGGAAACCAGGAGAAAAAGGAUCCACUGGCGAAACAGGAAGACAAGGGCCAGUGGGGGUUGCAGGUCCACAAGGAAUUCAGGGUGUCAAAGGAGAUAAAGGUGCCACUGGAGCCAAAGGGUUCAAAGGUCAUACAGGGCACAAAGGUGACCAGGGACCAACUGGGCCAGUAGGGCCAAAAGGAAGUCAGGGUGACCCAGGUACAGCAGGAGACCCUGGUGUAAAGGGAGAUCAGGGCCCUCCGGGUGUUACUGGCAUCAAAGGAGAGCGCGGGGAAAAAGGUCAAAGAGGCGCCACAGGAGCUGAGGGGAGACCCGGUCAACCGGGACAUGAGGGUGUUACGGGUCCUAUGGGAGCACGAGGACUGGAGGGAGAUCCGGGUAUUCCAGGACCCCCGGGUCCCAGAGGGUUACCUGGCCCGAAAGUGAGUGAUGAAAAGCUUCGAGAAAUGUGCUCAGCAGUCGUUGAAGAACAAUUAGAGGAGUUCAUGAAAGAACUCUUGAGGAGGCCAGCAGCCCUCAGUGCUCCUGGUGCACCCGGACCAGCUGGACCUCCAGGACUGCCGGGACCAGCUGGGGCUGCGGGUGCAGCAGGCGUUCCAGGUCCGAUGGGUCCAAAAGGUCACCCAGGCUUCUUUGGCCUUCCAGGUGCACCUGGAACAAAAGGUGAAGCUGGGCAAAAGGGAGACAAAGGAGACAAGGGAGAGGAUGGAGUGGGAACCAAAGGAAGUCCAGGGGUACCAGGUGUACCAGGUGCACCGGGUCUUCCCGGCGUCGGCAAAGAUGGCAAAAACGGCGAGCGCGGCGAAACAGGAAGUCCAGGCGUCCCGGGACCUGCCGGUCCGAAGGGACCCUCAGGACCGCCUGGUCUCUGUGACCCAUCUACCUGUUUAGGCAGACUUCCACCUCUCUACAUGGUCAGCGGAAAGAAAUCGUCCUCGCACAAAACCCAUUGAGACACCCAAAGCUCAGUGGUCCGGACCUCGUCCAGACAAGCGGCCAUGUUUCGGGACUCCUCACAAACCCAGGCUGUGCGCUUUAUUUUUGGGCGUCUCAGCCAAAGAGACACGGAGAGAAACAGAGGAGGAGGUGGGAGGGGGAAUAACUGCACAAAAACUGUAAAGACAACCCAGAUUUAAUGUUUUCAGAGGGUGAUAAAUCCUUCGUCAGUUGCUGAGCAGCUUCUGGGUCUGACUGCCGGCCUGCAGGCCUGUGGCACAAACACCAGCAAUAACUAUCGACCUCUGACAUGCAGCCUCUCAGUAAAGACUUGUCGAGACAUUUAAAAAUCUAUUAUUUCCACUCCUUCAUGUGCGUUGGCCCGUUCAGAAGCUCCGGAAAAGAUGUUCCUCAACUCUGUGCUCCCAUUGAUUUGUUUGGCCAGCUGUGUCGUCUCUUUGAAACGUCGGAAUAAAAGUGUUACGUUCUGAGUGUUUGCACAGUAACAAAUUCAAACAGCCAACCCGUGUGUUUUGCAGGAUCGUGCCCUCUUAGACGGAGCCGGUUAUGAUCCGUUUAGGAUGAACGUGCCUCCCACAGUCUCAACAUUAAAAUGGUUUUGUGUUUAAAAAGAAAAAUAAAUGAGGUCCCUGGAUUGUUAUAGAUAUGCUGUCAGUUCAGGAUGGGAUUAGUUGCCUGGUUACAAAGCAGAGCUGACAUCAUCUUCUCUUCCCUCUGGUUUCCGCAUGAAGAAUACAUUUACUGAUCAAACAGGACCUUUAAGCAGUCUGCUGGAGGGAAGCGAGCUUGGCAGCCGUUCCAAGGACAUCCCUUCAAAUUUUAACAGUUCGUAUCAUGACUCUGCAACAAUGAAUUCAACAUGGAAGCUCAGAUUGGGAGUGAUAGGGCUCAGCAUUAAAAGGUAAACAAAAAAAACAGGUGCUCAAUUUCCAUCUCUGACAUGACGAACGAUUAAAGAACAUUUGAAAAGAGAUAUAAUAGCGAUAGAAAACCCAAACUGUAACUUUUGACAAUGUGCAAGAAAAAUAAAGAGAACCACUCAAAAACCACAGCAGAGGCUCAUGUUACAAAAUGAAUUAUG